CAAAUUCUUUUCAAUUUGAUUCUUGACGUCAAAUAUCUUCUCUCCAAUCCCCAAAUUUUCAACCUCUGAUCAACGUUCCAUUAGGUUUUCGCUGCAAUUCCGUUAGAUUCUCUUCAUAUUUCGCCAUUAUUGCUGAUAUCAGGUCAAAGAUAAAGGAGCUUUGAUCGAUUGAUUGUUGGUGAAGAUGUCUUCUCGUCAUGGAGGUUCUUCACGGAAAAGUAUGUCGGUCUCGUCUUCAUCUUCUCGGAAGAAGAAAGCCAACGAAAACGGACAAACAGAUUCCGGACGCAAAGAUGUCACCGGUUCUCGUGGUUCAGUGAGCACAACAGGAGAGCGAACGGUGAAGAAACUGCGCCUAUCGAGGGCUUUGACAGUACCUGAAACUACAUCUAUCUAUGAAGCAUGCUGUCGGAUGGCAGCCAGAAGAGUAGAUGCUCUUUUGCUUACUGACUCAAAGGCACUACUCAGUGGUAUAGUGACAGAUAAGGACAUUUCAACAAAAGUUAUUGCUCCUGAGCUUGAUUUGAUGAACACACCUGUAUCAAAGGUGAUGACAAAGAACCCAAUUUACGUGGUGUCUGAUAGUCUUGCUGUGGAUGCCCUGCAAAAGAUGGUGCAAGGAAAAUUUAGACACUUGCCUGUUGUAGAGAAUGGUGAGGUCAUUGCUUUGCUUGAUAUAGCAAAAUGUUUAUAUGAUGCUAUCACGCGUAUGGAAAGGGCAGCUGAAAAGGGCAAAGCUAUUGCAGCUGCCGUUGAAGGUGUUGAAAAAGAUUGGGGAACUUCUUUUCCUGGUCCCAAUACAUUCAUUGAAACACUUCGAGAACGGAUGUUUAAGCCUAACUUGUCUACCAUCCUCUCGGAGAAUUCAAAGAUAGUGAUUGUUUCGCCAUUUGACACAGUUGUGAUGGCAACAAAAAAGAUGCUCGAGUUUCGAAGUAGUUGUGCUAUUGUAACAGUUGAUAACAAGCCACGCGGGAUUCUAACCUCGAAGGAUAUCUUAACACGGGUGAUAGCACAAGAUAUUCCUGCUGAAUCAACGUUAGUGGAGAAGGUGAUGACUCCGAAUCCUGAAUGUGCCACCAUCGAUACGCCUAUUGUUGAUGCCCUCCAUACUAUGCAUGAUGGAAAGUUUUUACAUCUUCCUGUUGUUGAUAGAGAUGGAGUUAUUGUUUCUGUUAUUGAUGUACUCCACAUCGCUCACGCUGCAAUAGCCACGGUGGGAAAUGCUACAGGUGUUAAUAACGAGGGAGGAAAUUCAAUGAUGCAGAAGUUUUGGGACUCUACAAUGGCAUUAGCUCCUAUAGACGAUGAUGAAACAAGAAGUGAGAGUUCCUUGAAAUUAGCUUCUGAAAAUGGAGACACCAGAGCGUAUCUUUCAACCAAUCGUCCUAGCUCAUUUGCAUUCAAAAUACAAGAUAAGAGGGGUCGGAUGCAUAGAUUUAUUUGUGAUUCUCGAAGUUUAACAGAUCUUAUAACUGCAAUAAUUCAAAGAUUAGGGAGUGAAAUCGACCAACACAACCUCCCACAGAUUCUGUAUGAAGAUGAAGAUCAGGACAAAGUCGUAAUUUCAACCGACAGCGAUCUUACUGCAGCUGUGGAACAUGCACAAUUAGCUGGUUGGAAGGGAUUGAAGUUGCAUUUAGAUUAUUCUGGGACAAGUAAUAAUCAUCGAGGGUCACAGUCAUCAGCAAAGGCUAUGGAGGUUCAUCAAGCCGAUGCAUGGGCUUCUGCAUACAGUGCAGCUGCUGCUGGAGCUGCAUUAGCAGCUGGAUUAGGUGUAUUAGCCGUCUUAAGAAGAUCUGGUAAUUGAGAUUAGUUUCGGUAAUCGUUCUUUGUUUAAUACCAUUAAUUAAAAUUUUUAAGAAAAUGAAAUGAAGUUGGUUAAGAGGGGUAAUUUUGUAAUCUGUUCAUUGUCCAGAUUUCUGGAUCUUACAAAGAAAAUGGAAAUAUAAAUGUAAACAAAAAUCUCUAACUUUGAACUACAUGUUCUUGGGAUUUCUUGGUUUAA